UACUCGAUUUGACAACUUGUCGGUACUCAGUUUUUGAUGCUGAAUCUGAAAAAAUUGUUUUCAGAAGCUGAAACAGAGAAAGAAGCAGAAAAUUUCGCAUAUUUUUGAAAACAUGUACUUUUUGAAGAAAACGACAUCCUCCGAGUAUUUCGUAUUUUCGACCGGAAGGAAGGAUUCACUAAGGCUAAAAAGUAGAUUUUCGUGAUCAGCAGCUCAAGCUCUAUCAGGUGAUGCAGAAACAAAGCCGAAAAAAAAUUUUCACUUGAAUUUUGCUCUGCCGGCACCGUACACCUGAUUCUAUAUGUAAAAGCGAAACACAGCUGACAACCGCAAAAGCCAAUCAAACAAGAUGUAUAACUCAAGUUCGUAAUGCUAUUGAACGAGGUUUCGGAAGGUUGAAGCAAUGGAAGUUUGCUGAUUCUGUUUUUAAUACUGAAUAUGUACCCAUCAUAGGUGCAAUUAUGAAAAUAUUAUGUGCUGUUGACAAUGUUUAUUUUUCUAAUUUGGUGAGAGAUAGUGACGACGCUCUUGCAACUGCUAAAGUCAUUAUAAGUAAUUUACAAUUGGAAAAUGAAGUUAUAUCAUUAGAAGCAGAUACAAUUGGUUGGAGAAAAGCUAAUACAAGUGAUAUUAGUAGCAUUAUUCCAUUGUAUGAUGACAAUGAUAUAAAGAAAUUCAGUG